AUGGGUCAGAUCCAGUACUCCGAGAAAUACUUCGACGAUGUCUAUGAGUACAGGCACGUGGUUCUUCCACCGGAGGUCGCAAAGCUGCUCCCCAAGAAUCGCCUGCUCUCAGAGAAUGAAUGGCGUGCGAUUGGGGUUCAACAAAGCCGAGGUUGGGUUCAUUAUGCUGUUCACCGGCCAGAGCCACACAUCAUGCUCUUUAGGAGGCCGCUCAACUACCAGCAGCAGCAGCAGUGA